AUGAAGGGACUUUCCAGUACCCCGUUCUCGGCUGGGAAAACUUGCCGACGGUACAGAGAAGAAGACAGUGACUACCGAAAGCUUGGAAUUAGUCGGGAAAAGGAUGGCAAUCGGACUGACCAUAGAUCAAACUGGUUUCAAAUUAACUUUCUGGUAUCCCUUGCCAUGGCUGCCACUAGUGUUCUUACACCCAACAUCGCCUGCGGUGUUGACAUCUUGAAUCCUGUGCCACAGUUCCGCCGCGAGACCUCCGGCGAACUGACCCUGAAGGCCUCCGCCGAGGCGAUCCAGGUCGCCAAGGCAUACGGCGUGAGCGCCACCGUGCCGUACAGGGUCAAGUCGGCCGAGAUGGUCAAGGAGCAGGCCAGGAGACAGGUGCGGGCAGCAGGCGGUGACCCCGGGGACUCCAGGCUGGUGCGCAGCGUCAGCGAGCUCCAGUUUGGACAGUACCGGGGUCAAACUUUUAAAUGGUUGCUGACCCAUGACCUCGGCUAUGCCGUCAUGGUGUUGGCAACCCACCAGAGGGAGCGCGAAGAUGGCCAGGUGUCGGAUAGCCCGCUGGCGAGCAAUAAGAACGCCCUGGAGUCCUACGCCUGGCUCUUUCCCGAUGUGAAGACGGCCAUCCGUCGUCGACGGGAGAGAGACGGGUCGGCCAGGACCCUGGACGAGGGCAAGAGGCUCGUCGGCUUCGGCCAACAUGGACACCUGACGUUUGAGGCCCUUUACGAUGCGGAAGAUCGGGAGGCUAAGAGUUACAUCAAAUGGCUCCGGCGCCAGACCACCAAAGUCGGGACCAAGAUGCAUGCGCUCCAGCUGUAUGUGCGGCGGAGAGACGAGGCAAAGGCAGCAGCAACCUCCUCCCUUCCCAAAACCACCACUGUUACCCCCACCGCCUCUCUCUCUGCAGCAGCCUCCGUCGUCGAGAUUCCCGAUGACGUGCUGCUGUCGGCCAGCAUGGAGUUGGAGGCUGCAUCUACCUCCCAGUCUGCAACCAGUGGAGGGCCCGUGCCAUCCCAGCGCUCCCAACCGACGGCUGAUCCGGGAAAGCAGCCUUCGCAAAUGCUGUCUGUAGCCAGGAGAGAGCUACUUUUACCCGAGGGCUGGAGGACUUCCCUACCCAAAGAACAGCAUGCGUGGGUAAGUCGGGCCCUUUUCACCAGGGGCAAGGAUGGAAAGCCUGUUCUGACGUCCAACCUUCGCCUUUGGUGGUAUCCUCCCGGCCCCCGCAACGUGCACCUCCAGCCCCCGACAUCGCCCGACACCUUUUUUCAGCGCCCGUUCUUCCUGUGGAUGCCGUACCGCAUGUGGGGCUACAAGCUGUCCUGCACGGUGUGCAGCCACAGGUUGUCGGGAGCCGGACUCUACAGGACCGUCCGGAGGGUCCUGGAGUCAGACGGAUGGUACUUUAUGGCCACGGAGUACCUGGAGUGCCGGCGCUGCAAGAAGAAGGUGGCGGGCUGGUCGCAGGAUGUCUUGGAUCAGCUGCACUGCACCCACCUGGAUGACUUUCCAGCUAUCCUGACUUACAGAUUAUCCUGCGACAAAAAGCUCAUCGGGCAGAUGCGUGAGCGCACGCUGGGCAACGGGGCCACCCGGCUGCGCAAAUAUCUGCUCGAGGAGCACGUCAAGUCCUGGUUGGAGCGGUCCAGAAAGUUCAUGUUCGCGGCCACCAAGUUCAUCACAUCGGGUGCCGAGCCAUCUACAACUACGCCUCGACCACCACGGAUGACCCCGGUGCCCGGUGUAAAGUGGUUGCUGUCCAUCUAUGCCAGGGAGGUGGCUUCGAGGAUAGAAGAGACCAAGGCCCGGAUCACCUCCAUCUUUGGCUCAUUCUUGAAGAUGGACUCAACCAAGAAGGUGAUCAAGAAACUAGCUGGUGCCGCGGCAGGAACGGCAGCCUGGGUGACCAACGUGGGGAACGAGCACGGCCAGAUCUUGAUCAGCGUCCUCACUGCAGCCGAGGGCGCUGGCCUGCACCCCAUGGCCACCGGGCUGAUGCGGCGAUACCGUGAUGCCAGUGUGUCCCCGCCUCUGGUCCUGUAUGUGGACCGAGACUGCUGUUCCCACGGGGGACCCUGCAAGGUGUCCCUCUUAUUCAACCAGUGGGAUCAGCUGGUGGUGCGGCUCGACGUGUGGCACCUGAUGCGACGCUUUGCAGCGGGUGUCACCACGGAGAGCCACCCACUGUACAGCCUCUUCAUGGCGCGUCUCUCGUUCUGCAUCUUUGAGUGGGACCAGGGAGACGUCGCCAGGCUGCGACAGGCCAAGGCUGGCGAGGCGGGGAACGAUCCCCGAGGCUCCGGCUACGGAAAGAUCCCACUAAAGGAGCUGGCCCGCCACUGCCGCCGCCGCACACGUGGGGCGGAGGAGACGGGCCGGCUCAUCGACGAGAUGCUGGAGGCCUUCGGGGACGCCACUGACACCAUGGGUAUCCCGCUUUUGGACCGCGCAAAAAUACAGGAAAUAUGGAAAACUCAGAGGCGCCACCUCCACUGCAUCCAGGACCCACCCGGCGUGCACCUGUACAUGCAGACCGGGCAGCUGGUCAAAGGGGGGAUCACGCUGCCGGUGUUCAGGUGUGCGCGAGGUUCAACUUCGUUGGAGUCGUUCCACCUGCAUCUGGACCGCUUCAUACCUGGCACUUCAGCCAGCGCGGCCCACUUUCAGGCCUAUCUGCUGGAAGGCCUGGCGCGGUGGAACGAGGACCGUGCGGCACAAGCAGUGGAGGCAGCAGACCGUGAUAUGGUCUGCUACAGUGGCCAACUCCAGCACACCGUCAAUGAGCUGAGUGAAAUUUUAUAUCGCACGAAGCUAAUUGACGAUCACACCCGGCCUGCGAAGUACACUGGUGAGCUCAUCGGCGUCCAGUACCUUUUUUCGCAGACCGGUCGAGUGCUGGAGGAAGUGAUGGGCAGGGAUCCCGACGCUCCGGAUGGGACUGAUACAGACGACGACGACAGUGUCGACGAGGGCUUCCAAGAGAACGAGGGGUCAGUACAAGAACAUCUCGAAAACACCCUCUUCGGCCUUGAGGAGGACUUCGCCCGACAACCGUCGUCUGACAAGUCCCAGUCGCAACCUGCCAUCGGCGCCUCACAGUCUGGGCCAGCCGACCAGGAGACCUCCCCUGGAGACGAGGCCAUUCAAAGGGUGUCCCACGAGCCAAGUAGCCUUGGAGCUGACACUGGCCCGGGUUACGAGCACGUGGUCAACCUGGCCUCUAGUCUCAUGACGCUGCGUCACCGUGCCUACGUGACUCAGCAGCAAGUGGCGGAGAUUGUCGCUCUCUGGGAACGAUUGCCGGAGGGCGACAAGGCCCCGGUUCGCUUCCCGCCACGCCACCAGGAAAGACUGGUGAAGGGGAGGUUCCGACGCAAGCACUCGCAGACCAGUGUCACACCGGGAGUGGAGAGCUUGCGACGGUAG